CAUGGCGAGAUUUGAUGCCAGCUGUUAGGAAGAUUGGCGCUCAGCUUGUGAAAGAGGGUCUGAUUCUUGUUACACAGAGAGGAACAAUAGUUGAUUUAGCAACUGCCCAAGGCCCUGUGAGAUUUGGGUUAGCUGGAUAAGAUGGCAGGAGUAGCAGUGGAUGUUGGGAAUAGGGUGGAGUGUGAUGGAGCCCUUGGGACUGUGAAAUGGAUUGGGGAGGUUCCUGGCACACAGGGCAUGUGGUAUGGAGUGGACUGGGAUGACGAAAACCGAGGCAAACAUGAUGGUACUCACAAUGGAAUUAAAUACUUUGAAACCCAGUAUCCAAAAUCAGGAUCUUUUGUCCGUCCAACCAAAGUGAGCAGUGGCAUGACAUUAGAGGCAGCAGUGCGAGGAAGAUACCAGGAUGACCCAACCAUUGAGGCUCAUGUGACUGAUAUGCUGCAAAAGACAAUCAAUGCAAGAUUUGUAGAAGUUGUUGGGAUGGAGAAGAUAGGAAAGAAGCAAAGCAAGCUAGAAGAACUGGAAACUGUUGUGUUGGACGGAUGGAUGGUUUGGGGAGCUGGGAAUAGCGACCUCGCUAAGCUUCUGCCUAAGCUCCAAGACCUCGACAUCUCCAAUACUCUCCUCUCCUCUUGGGAGAGCAUUGCACAGAUUACACGUCAGCUGCCAAGCCUUAGAUUCCUAAACAUCAGUGGCAACAAACUGAAGCUGCCCAACAAUCCAGAUGAACUGCAGGAGAGUGUGUGUCACAUCACCCACCUCGUCCUCAACAACAUGAAGGGCUACUCUUGGUCAGACCUCAUGACAUGCUGCGUCAUGUUUCCAACACUCAGGAAGCUGCAGGUUGCCUUCAAUAAGCUAUGCAAAUUAGGACCAGUUCCUGUGGGCCUCUUUGAUUCUCUGGAAGAAAUUGACAUCGGUGUCAACCCCAUUUGCUCCUGGGAAGAAGUGUGUCACUUGGGAACAAUCCCAAGGGAGAUUUUUUUUCCUUCAGUCCCAGUUCAUGAAAAGACCAAGCUGUUUCCCAAUCUGAAGAACUUGAUGAUUGCGAAUAACCCACUCGAAGCGUGGGAAUCCGUUGGUGAGCUAAAUAAAUUACAGAACAUUGAAGACUUGGUCAUAUCUUAUGAUGAAAAUAUCACGCUUUAUUUCCAAGAGUUUGCUUUUGCUCGAAUUUCAAACCUGAAGGUACUGAAUAGAACAAGGCUAACUCCAAAAGAAAAGAGAGAUUGUGAAUUGUUUUACUUGAAGUCCUUCAGUGAGGAUUAUUACAGCAGUGGUGGUACAGAAGACGCAAGUGCCUCACGUCUCUCCCAGGAGUUUACCCUCAAACAUCCAACUUACCUGAAAUUAGUGGAAGAAUAUGGUGCACCUGAUAGACAUAACACAGAAUCAGAAAAGUCAAAGCGCGAAAACCAAAAUUGA